AUGGCUGCACAAAACGCAGCUUUGUUAUGCCGAUGGGGGGGGGGUGAAUUUGUGUCUGAUGGACCGAAUGUCCAGUAUAGUGGUGGAAAUAUGGAACCAUUGCCACUUGGACCAGACAUGACUUUCAACGAUCUGAUGAACAAGGUUCAUAGCAUUAUUGGCUUAAACCGACCGAAUGAUUAUACCAUGGACACCCGAGAUAGGACACCCGGACCCACCGACCCUUCUGUCCUUACACUACAGGACACACAUCGUAGCGUUGACAUUUGGAGUCAGUCGGUUGAUCCGGCGGGCAUACUGACAUGCAGGCACUACACUGUCGCGUUCCUUGGCGAUUGGGUUAUCGAUCCCCGCAUUCUGCCUUUCGUGGAGUACGCUGGCUUCAUGGGUAUACAUCGGAUGACGUUCAGAGAGGUCGACCCAGCGCUUGUUACUGCGCUUGUGGAGAGAUGGAGGCAGGAGACGCACUCCUUCCAUCUACCUGUUGGGGAGGCGACCGUGACGUUGCGAGACGUGGCGAUACUCACACGACUUCCCAUUCAUGGGAGUCCGGUGUCUGGAUCUGCGUUGGCCGAUCCCCCCGGUUAUGUAGCUCAGGUUCUCGGGGUUCAGCCAGGACCGGACGAUAUCAGGGGCGGCGGAUUGAGGACCGGCUGGAUACGCGACACUUUUCGUGUGUUGCCUGAUGGUGCUGUUGAGGCCACUAUUGCGAGACAUGCUCGAGCGUACCUUUUUUGCUCAUCUCGGCUGGUAGACCACGACUGGGAGCAUAUUCGUGGCUACAGCUGGGGCAGUGCUUGUCUGGCGAUGUUGUAUCGCCAUCUGUGUAGAGCAUCCUGCCGGGGUUCUCGUGAGAUCAGCGGACCGUUAUUUUUGCUUCAGUAUUGGUCUUGGGAGCACAUCCAUGUAGGCAGGCCAGGUAGGCCUGCUAUACAUCGUCAGGGGCAGCAGGAUCAGGACCAGCAGUAUGAGCGGUACAUUCCUCCACCACGGCCUUCCGCUGACGAGGCGUACGCUUGCAGAUGGGCGGUCCCCAAGCUGACAUAUGCGCAUGCGGCGAGGGGCCUGCCGUACUACCGAGACGCCCUUGAUCGACUGACCGAGGAUCAGAUGACAUGGGACCCGUAUGAAGCUGAUUUAGUUGCUGUCAUGCCUCCACAUCUGCUAGAUCAUCAGGCGCAGUGGCGUUCUAGGGUCCCCCUGAUCUGUUUUGAGGUCGUCGAGGGUCACCUACCAGAUCGAGUCAUGCGACAGUUUGGACUACGACAGACUGUCCCCCAGCAGUGUGACACUAGUGCCCGGCUGCACCGCAUUGACCGUCGGGGAAAGAGCGACAGGAACUGGCGGACGGAGCAUGCCCAGUACAUUGACUUGUGGCAUCGACGGUUGGAGUUCGUCGUCACUGGUGACCCCAUCCACGGCGUUAUGGAUCCAUACGAUCCAUACAUGGAGUGGUACAUGCGGAUUACACGACGUUUCAUCAACCCCAGCUACACACCGCCAUCCGCACAUUACCAUCCAUCCUUUGACGUGAUCAGGGGAUAUGCGUUGGAUAUGACGGUGAUGGUUGACGCACUGUCGGACGUCCUUCCAGGCAUACCUGAGCCGCCCAGAGCACAGGUCGAGCGGGUGCGAGAUAUGGGCAUGGCUACCUUGCAGAGAUAUGGUCACGCCUAUCUCGUCCACCCCCGGGACGAUCAUGGCGGCCACUCUAGUCACUCACAGUUCGAGGCUGGCCAGAGUAGCUGUGGGGGUGAUCCUGCGUCAUUCACGGGCGCAGAGGAGUACGACAUUCGCAGUUUCGUGCCCCUACGUCAUCCUGAUGACCCAUCUUCCAGCCAGCUGACUCCGCCAGUACGCCCGAACCCAUUUACCACGGUCCGUCAGUACAGCUGUCGUCAAAGGCCGAGAGUGGACAUACAGGAUAGAGAGCCGUUACACCAAAUUGAUGAGUCAGAAUAG